GUGCGUGUGUGCUAGAUGCUUGAGUAGCGUUCUGUGAGGAAGGGAGGCUGUUUCGUCUCUUUCACUUCCAACCCGAACAGUCCACAAAACAUUUUGUUAAAAGGAAAUAGUAUUGGCUGCGAUCUGUAACAGAUAAAUUGUAGUAUUCGCUUGGGGCCUUGUAGAUACUCACUGUACACGGCGACUAGUAACGUGCACUUCCUCUGCUUGCCUGUUGGCGCGUAACUUGGUGAUACAGUGAUACAGUGAUAGUGCCAUAGUGGUGUGAGCAGCGAGUAGUCAGUGCUGGUUCGUGUCGUUCUCAGUUUGCUGUGCUAAAGUGAAGGUGCACAUUACCCCACCUUCCAAGCUUCUUUGCCACCGAAGCAGCAGCAGUGUGUGCGCGGGUGCGCGGUGUGCGUGUGCGAAUUGUGUGGUGCGGUGUGUAUGUUGAAGUUCGUGCUGAUACUGAUUAGCUCAGCACGUGCGGUGCUACUCUACAAAACUCAUUCUGGCAAACAGCUGGCGCAGAGGCACCAGCACACUGAGCAAAGAGGACUUCAGUCGAGAGCACUGUUACUCCACUGGCAAGGGCAGCUUACUGCUAUGGCCCGCUAAUACUAGUACUAGUACUAGACUGGUGCGGAGAGUUCUUGCAAUAUCCUCCAACUGCCUCUCAUGCGGUAGCCCGUCACUUACCACCAGCGGCUGCACAUAUUGCAAGUAAUUAUCGUAUUAGGAGAACUGACCAGCUUCGCAUACAGACUGAUGAUAGACGGCCUCGGAUAUCCAGAUUCAAACUACUUAUAAAGUCAUUCGUAUACUCAUCAGGUCUCUCUGCUCGUCACGCUGGUUGUAUCGUGAGGAAACCUUUCGUCAAUCAAUUCAACCCAUUGAGUUACUCGCCUGGAGAAGAGCAGCAGAGUACAUAACAUACGUUACAUAGCUACCUGUACCUACUUCCAACGGCGUUGCGUGCGCGCGUGUGUGUCCAUCAUCGUCCUCCUUCAUGUACGGAACAGCAGAGAACGAAUGGGGACAAAACGGCGUCAACCAGCUUGGCGGAGUGUAUGUAAACGGAAGACCGCUACCCGAUGCAAUCCGCAGGAGAAUCAUCGAACUGGCACACAAUGGCGUUCGGCCGUGUGACAUAAGCAGACAAUUGCGAGUUUCUCAUGGAUGUGUCAGCAAGAUACUAGGAAGAUAUUAUGAAACCGGUAGCAUCAAACCAGGCGUGAUCGGCGGCAGCAAACCCAAGGUAGCCACACCAUCAGUCGUGCAAAAGAUCGAGGAGUACAAGACGAACAAUCCCAGCAUGUUUGCAUGGGAGAUCCGAGACAAAUUACUCACGGAACAUGUGUGCGACAAGAAGAACGUCCCGUCGGUUAGUAGCAUCAACAGAAUUGUACGGAAUCGAACGCAGAAGAAAGUUCCUCAGCUGAUGUCACACUUGAAUGGUUCAGUGUGUGAAGAGGGCAAGAUGGAUAACUAUGUUCAUCCUUACGACCCAAUGCUGGGAAGCUAUUCGAACAACUCACUCGUUUCGCAUGUUGGGCCACCACCAGUACAGGGUCAUAUGACCACCAUGGCAGCAGGCAAGGCCGGUGCUGGUCGAUACCAGCAGAACGGUGUACCCAUCCCGGAGCAACAGAACGGCUACAAUGGCAUGAACAGCCUGGGCGUGUUGUCGCCAAACUCCUCGUCCCACAUGCCACCCAUGCACACGCUCUACCCGAGCCAUGUGUUCAGCUACAUGCAAGCGCAGCCAGCACUGACCAGCAUGGCAGGUAUGAUGCCAGGGGCAACAGCCACAGCAACUCCUGUUAUCAGCAGCAUGGGACAUUCACCUGAAUUCAGCCAACGCGACUGGGGCCCACUGGACACACCACAAGCCAGCAGCGAAGAAACUAAUGGCGAUCAAGCAGAACUUGUGAAUGGUCUGAACCAUGGAGACAUGAUGACUGUUCAAGGCUUCUCAGAUCAUAAUGUCCAGCCAUGUCAAACACCGGACAACCUCGUGCAAACGGAGAGUCCUGAAUCGCCCAGCAAUACGGACCACCUGAACAAGGAGAUUGCAGGGGAAAACCCCUCCCUGAACCCGCUCAGUCAGUACAGUAUGAUUCAGACCUCUUCAGGCCUGUCCGUGAUCGACCCAUAUGCAGCUCAUAACCAGUUCAGUAUGGCCAUGACUUAUCCCAUGAAUGGCUUGCCCAACGGUGCUUCCCAUGGAAACGGCAUGCCCGAAGUUUCAUCCCCGCUGCCUGUUCACAUGGCCGGUCAGUUCCCCACAUCCUCCACUGCAAAUUUACUUCUGAACAUGGAUAACAAGACGUGGCCAGCACCAUUCGACAACCAGACGCACAUGCCAAGUAGUCCGGCCCAAGCGUUGAGUUCAGCCGAACACCAGCAUAGCAUCCUGAGCAGCCAACUGGUGGAUGUGCGUCAGUAAAGCCAAUCCGUGCUACAUCAGGUCCACUGGAACCGGUCCGGUUGGUCAGGUCAUUACCGGGCCAACUGUUUGACCACCAGCACGUGCUUCCUACUGUGGAGGACGUGUGUACCCACGAUAUCGUACACAAACUGUAUGAAAGGCCGUAUUACCACUGGCCCAAGGCUACUACGGAUAAGUAAGGACACUUCCGGACUGCGUCCAUCAGUCCUGUACACUAACAUCACCGUGUCCUCUCAAGCCGCCUGAUACAAGUCAUGGCAUAUUGCGUGCAGCUGGCUGCCAAGCCUUGAUUCUCCUUGAUCUCGUCCAAAUGAGAACACCACAGCCUCUCUGCCUCAGCACUGCACACUAAGAGCACCAUCACCGUGUGUGUGCUGUGCACCACCAAUUGCAAGAAGCCGAGAAGCGCUACGCCAGCACUGUAAGCACAACACUGUCCCACAGCUCCCCCCCCCCCCCCUCGCCCCUCGCCCCCUCCCAGCCCUCCUCCUAUCCUGCACUCUACAAUAUCCAUAUUCAUGUUGAGUCAGUCGAGAAAACAAGUAUGACAACUGAGAUAAAAAUUCCUUGCUGUACGCUAUAUCCAACACACGUUGUGUCAGUCACUUGUUUUGGUAAUUCCACACACCCACAUUUAGUUUGCAGAACCAUGACAAUGGUAACUUGAGAUGUCCAUGCUACUUUUGGCGGAUGCAGUUAAUGGGAUUUCGGUCUUUGACCUCUUCGUGGUGGGUCUGAUCUACUCACCUCCCACCGCUUAGGAGCUGCAUCUGCGCCUUGAUCCUAGAUGAUGGUGGCGUUCCUACGGAUGCGGGAAAACCGUGAAAUGGUUUUGUUUUUUCUGUGCGGCAUUCCAAUGACUCUGAGAGACAAGAAACCAACCAUGGUUCAUGUCUGUCCCUGACAGUCUCUCAUAGGCCUUUUCACAGAAACAAGGCUUGCAAAUUCAUAUCCAGCUGCUGGUGCUUUCUGCACGGUUACAAAUCACGCACUCACUUCACACCACUAUGCCAUAUUUAUGUUAUGGUCUCCUUUCAGGGAUCCUGCAUCUUGUCUUUUCUAAAUUGGCUUUGGCGUUCGGUGACUUGCUUCAUGAUUCUUCUCAGAUGAUAUAUCUUAUCAUUCUUAUGUGAUCGAUUUUUUUUAAAUUUGAUAUUCCCCUCCUCCUUGUUAAUAGUGAGGAUGACAACCCUAGAGUCCAGUCAUAAAGCUGAAUAGAAAUCCUGUACAUGGUACAAAACUACCCCAUGUUUGCCUUUCCCAGCCUGAUACAUCUGAAUAUACUGAAAGUGACCCCAAUCUCUCAUUUCAAAGUCUAGAGUUUGUUUUCAAAUUAAGGCAAAGUUCCGCCGAGUCAGUAGUAGUAGAAUUUAUAGAAUUUAUUAAUUGAUAGGGAAAGCCUUGCCACAGUUCAUUGUACAUACACCAUUCCAGCGUUUAUACGUCGUCAUCUGUACUCAAUCACUAGGUAUGGUAUAUUCUAUUUUACUUCGCCAGAAUGAACAGGCAUUGCUGCCUCAGUUCUUGCCUGGACAAGUGGAUUGUCCAAGCUCUCACAAAAGGACGAAGAGGUGCCAUACAAAUUGCUGUACAUAAUAUCGCAGUGCUGUUGCUGCAGUUCGUCGUGCUUAUAGCCAAGCUACUGCGGCUGUCUGCCUUGAUCCUUACUCGUCUGCUGAUCAUGCACUAAGAUUGUUGUUUAAUCAAGUCCAGUUUCUUUUCAUUUGAACAAUCAAUCUGGUCUAAUUCAAUUCAAUCGUUUCCCGCAAUUUCCCAUUUCCCGCAAUGAGCUCCUUAAUACCAAGAAUAUACUUUCAAAACCUGA